AUGGCUGAACCGGUUAAGCUCAUCGGCACGUUGGGCAGCCCAUUCGUCCACCGCGUCGAGGCUGCCCUGCGGUUCAAUGCGGUCGUGGAAGAUCUCCAAAGCAAGAGCGAGCUGCUGCUGAAGCACAACCCCAUCCACCAGAAGGUGCCUGUGCUCGUCCAUGGUGACCGGGCCAUCUGCGAGUCCCUCCUCGUCAUGGAGUACGUCGACGAGGCCUUCGACGAACCACCUCUCCUGCCGGCCGACCCGUACGAUCGUGCCAUGGCCCGUUUCUGGGCUCAGUUCCUGGAAAAAAGGUGA